AUGCAGCUGAAGCAAGGUUCCUUAUCUGUGGCGGACUAUACUAGCCGAUUUGAGGAACUCUGUAGGUUCUCUAGGGUGUGUCAGGGUACCCCAGAGACCUAUAAAAGUUCGAAGUGUGUCAAGUAUCAAAGGGGCUUAAAGGACGACAUCAAGACUGCUGUGGCUCCUAUGGAGAUUCGGAUUUUCUCUGAUCUGGUGAACAAGACAAGAGUGGUUGAGGAAUACGCAAAGACGGUAGCCUCGUCAAGGGACACUCAUGGAGGAAACACUAGUAGGGAACGCAACGAUUACCUUGGGCCAAGGGGACAGAACUUCAAGAGAUAUGGUGAGGGGAAAUGGUCAAGAGCUUAUUCCCCUGAUAUAAAAUGUCAGGAGUGUGGGAGCUACCAUCCGAAUAGGCCAUGCUAG